AUGUCGACAAAUUUUGAUUUUCGGGCACCACCGGAUUAUUCACCUCAUCAUCAAUCCCAUCUACAUUACACAGCUCCAUCAUUAACCGCAACAAUCACAAUUGUCCUACUUGUUUUCUUCUUUGCUAGCUUCUUCUCCAUCUACCUCUGCCGGUUCUUUAUGGGGUACCUGAUAACUUUAUCAAAUUUCCGGCGAACCCAAUCUGGGAUUGCCGCCGUAGAACCACCAAGUGCCGCCGCCAUCACUAUUACUGGACUUGACCCUUCAAUCAUUGCUACAUUCCCUACGCUUGUUUAUUCGUCGGUAAAGGAUAUACGGGAGGACAAUAAAUGUGGUCUAGAAUGCGCGGUGUGCUUAUCGGAGUUUGAAGACAGUGAUGAGCUUCGGUUAUUGACGGUUUGUAACCACGUCUUCCAUCCAGAGUGCAUAGACGUAUGGUUUGGAAACCAUACCACAUGCCCACUAUGCCGAAGAAGCCUCCUUCCACCACCGGAAAACAAUAAUGAAAACACAGAUCCACCACCGCCACUGCUACCGGAUCAGAAUCAUGACCAGCAGCAGCAAGAGAUCAGUGAGGCAAACAGAGAAGACAAUAACAGUGUUUCCACCAAGGAAGAUGGACAAGAAGAUGAGGUGGUGGUAGUGGUGGUGGAGGAGGAGGAAGGAGAUCAUAGGCAUGAGGGUGGUGCAACAACAAGUGGUGGUGGUGGUGGGGGUGGUGGGGGUGGUGCAAUUGCAAUGGCUAGUUUAGAUGGAGGACAAGAAGGCAGGGAAGAGGAGGUGGUGGUAGUUGAGAGAUUUUCAAGGUGCCACACUACAGGGCAUUCCAUCAUACAUGUUGAACCAGAUGAUGAUGAUCGGAUGGGGAGGCAAAGAAGACGAGCAAAGGAAAGCAGGGAAGAACAGAGAACCGGACCAAAAGGGGAGACAAAUGUCACAGUUGAGACAUAUCAAAGGGAACUUGACAGUGGCACAAAGUACAUAAUGGCAUUGGCGGCAUAA